UCAUUCACAGUGGCUCCAGCAGGACCUCCUCUCCUCUGAGAGGGCAUGCUGCGGGGGGAGAGAGAAAGCAGGAGCCACAUUCAAUCUCCGCUAAGAGAGGGACACACACACACACCGGGAGCGCUUCCAAGCCCAGCCCCUCGCAGCAGCCCAGCCGCCGCAGCUCCCCUCUCUCUGCUCCUCAGGGCUCUUUGUUGGAAGGCGCCGACAGGGGGCUGAGUCACCAUGUCCUCCGCCAAGAAAGGCUUUUACCGGCAGGAAAUCACGAAAACCUUAUGGGAGGUGCGGGAGCGCUACCGGGACCUGCAGCCGGUGGGCUCCGGAGCCUACGGCGCUGUCUGCUCAGCUAUCGAUGGAAGAAAUGGCACCAAAGUGGCUAUCAAGAAACUGUACCGCCCAUUUCAGUCCGAACUCUUUGCCAAACGAGCCUACCGGGAACUGCGCCUCCUGAAACACAUGAAGCAUGAAAAUGUUAUUGGAAUAUUGGAUGUGUUCACACCAGAUGUAACACUGGAGAAAUUUAAUGAUUUCUACCUAGUCAUGCCGUUUAUGGGAACAGACUUGAGUAAGAUAAUGAAGCAUGAGAAACUAACUGAAGAUCGAAUCCAGUUCCUGGUCUAUCAAAUGUUAAAGGGCCUAAAGUAUAUCCAUUCAGCAGGCAUAAUUCACAGGGAUCUAAAGCCUGGAAAUUUAGCAGUAAAUGAAGAUUGUGAAUUGAAGAUUCUGGAUUUUGGGCUGGCAAGGCAUACGGACAGUGAAAUGACAGGCUACGUGGUUACUCGAUGGUACAGAGCCCCGGAGGUCAUACUUAAUUGGAUGCAUUAUACUCAAACAGUUGACAUCUGGUCAGUGGGCUGUAUUAUGGCAGAAAUGAUAACAGGGAGGCCACUGUUCAAAGGAAAUGAUCAUCUGGACCAGCUCACAGAAAUAAUGAAGGUAACAGGCACACCAACUCAAGAUUUUGUUCAGAAACUACAGAGUCAAGAUGCAAAAAAUUAUAUCAAAAGCCUCCCAAAAGUGCAGAAAAAAGACUUUGCAGCCAUCUUGAAGUAUGCAAAUCCUUUGGCUGUAAACCUUUUGGAGAAGAUGCUGGUGUUAGAUGCAGAGAAGAGAAUAACGGCAGUAGAAGCUUUAGCGCAUCCUUAUUUUGAACCAAUUCAUGAUCCUGAAGAGGAAACCGAGGCAGAGAAAUAUGAUGACACAUUUGACAAUAUGGAUUUGCCACUGGAUGAGUGGAAGCGCAUUACCUAUAAAGAGGUAAUAAACUUCAAGCCAUCUCCCCUGCCUGAGUCAAAGGAAACAGCAGUGUAACCGUAUGAACCAUCUCUUCAAAAAUCAAAAGAAGCAGGAAGGGUGUUAAUGCUUGUGAUAAGUCAGUUGUACAAACCUUUUUAUAAAUAAACUGGAUGUAAUCUGUUAUAUCUGUAUUGUAAGGAAUAAUGGUGUUUUUACUCUAACCAGGAAGCUAGUGCCUUUGGAAGUAGCAUUUCAAGACUGCCUGGAAACUUACCUCUAUCCAAAUUUUCUCAUCUUUUUGUGCAAAUUUGUGGUUUCAUUUAAUCAAAAUACUCCUCAAAAUACCAGGGUUUUCAUGAAUGUGUUUUUAGACCAGGUAUUGCUAGUUCGAGUCACAGGGUAGUAGAGUAAUAGUUAACCCCUUAAGCAAUCUGAGGCUAAAUGGACAAGUGUUUCCUUCUUCCUACAUGAGUGGAGGGGAGUAUGAGCCCCUGGAGCCAAGCCCAGAAGGCCUCAAAGGGAGUGUGCUAGCUUCCCUCUUGGUUCUUUCCUUCCUGCAGAAGCCAAUUUGUGGAUGAUCUGCAGAUUGUGAGGGAAUGAAAAUGUUGCUGGAUAGGCUCAACAAACCUACUCUGAGAGAUGUGUACAAGAGGCAGCAGUGGCAGUCAGGGACACCCAUGGCUAUAAGAGGUUUAGCAGGGGACUGAGUAGAGCUGCAAGUGGUCCUGAUUUUAAAUAAUACAGUAUUUUCUUCCUCUUCUGAAUAACUUGCUCUCAUUUUAUAUAGUGGAGUAGAGGGUCCUGAUUUCCAGGGGAAAAUUGUGAGGAUUUAUAACAUUGUAUAAGCUCUGUAAUUUCUUCAUAGUUUUGAUGUGGUGAUUGAAAAUGUACAUAGUGAUCGGGAGGGGUGGGAUCAGUGUGCCGAUGUGAGUUAGAAAUAAAGCUACAUGCGAAGUGUCACUUCAUGACAAUAGGGAUGGGGAUAAUAAUAUUUUUAUUCUUCUUCUGACCUGCAGCUAGAUGUUUUGUUCAUAUUAUACAUAGGCAGUAUUAGGUGUACAGAACUAAUUAUUUUUAAAUCUCAUUAUCUCAUUCUCUUGUGAAAAAUAAUCCCUUGACAGAAGGUACAAUAUCCACAGGAGACAUCUACCUGAUGAGUUACUCUGGGAUAUUGGUUAGAAGCUUCUAUGGGUUCUUCAGCUGUGUUCAUCUCUUGCACUUUCCUAGCUGCUUAGUUCAUAAUAAUCUCAGAGGAGCAGGAAAUGGAAAUUGGCAAACCUUUGUAUGUGUUUUUAUGGUUAAAGCUCAUCUCUUUAAAAAUUGAAUACUUGCAUAAGGGUUACUCCCACUACGAUGUGCUGCUUUGCGUCAGUGCCAAGUGGAACAUCUGUGGAAAGAGACAUUUGAUCUUAGUAGCUAAUAACUGGAAAGGAACCCAGAGAUGGCUCAGUUGACUUAUUUUUUUACUCAAUAAACAUUUUAAAGUGGAAGGCUUCAUCAACUCCGUUUUUAAUGAUUGUUUAAUAUAAAGCUCUAUAAAUACCAAUAUCUAGCAGAGAAGUAUUUGUGAUGAACACUUUAGCAGCCAGAAGAGGUACAUAGAGAGAGGAAAUGGUAGCUAAAACCCUGCAAUUUUAUGCAUGCACAAAUAAGCCUUUAAAAAAAACAAACAACAUGCAUAAAAAGAGGGAAUAAAUGCAACCCAAAGGAAAACCUUUUAGCACAUAAGACACUAAGGAACGCACGUGUUGAGAGUCAUGUUCCAUUUUGCCACUAUCAUUUGCUCUCACCUUGAGCUUGGUCCUAUGUUACUAAAGUAAAUAAGUGCUUUGCCAUUUACUUCAAUGGGCACAGGAUCAGGUCCUUUAAUAUCUGAGACCGUCUGU